CCAGCUACCGAGGGUGUGGGUUGUCGCUCCGCAGCGAUCUCAAGUCUUCUCCUGUGCAACAUGAGUCCAGCGGCUCCCGGAGCGGCGCCAUGAAGCGCCAGAACGUGAGGACCCUCGCCCUCAUUGUGUGCACCUUCACCUACCUGCUAGUCGGAGCCGCCGUCUUCGAUGCGCUGGAGUCCAAGCAGGAGACCUCGGAGAGAAAGAACCUGGAAGAAAGGAGAUUCGAGCUCAUGACUAAAUACAACCUGAGCGAUAAGAAAUACGAGGAACUCGAGCUCGUUGUCUUGAAACUCAAGCCGCAUAAAGCUGGGGUCCAGUGGAAAUUCGCUGGAUCUUUCUAUUUCGCCAUUACUGUGAUCACAACUAUCGGAUAUGGCCACGCUGCUCCCAGCACUGAUGGAGGGAAAAUUUUCUGCAUGUUUUAUGCUCUACUUGGGAUCCCACUCACCCUGGUCAUGUUUCAAAGCAUGGGAGAGCGAAUCAAUACAUUUGUCAAGUAUCUCUUACACAGAAUCAAGAAGUGCCUAAGGAUGAAACGAACAGAGGUCUCCAUGGCAAACAUGGUCAUCAUUGGAUUUUUCUCCUGCAUUAGCACCCUGUGUAUUGGGGCUGCUGCAUUCUCAUAUUAUGAGGAUUGGACAUUUUUCCAUGCUUAUUACUAUUGCUUCAUCACACUCACGACCAUCGGUUUUGGGGACUAUGUGGCUCUGCAGAAGCAUGAUGCUCUUCAAAAGAACCCUCACUAUGUGGCAUUUAGCUUUGUCUAUAUUUUGACAGGCCUCACAGUAAUUGGAGCAUUCCUAAACCUGGUCGUUCUGAGGUUCAUGACCAUGAAUGCAGAAGAUGAAAAACGAGAUGCAGAGCAGAAAGCCUUGCUGAUAAGAAAUGGACAAAGUACCAUCCGUACAACAGAGACUUCAGGCAACUUCCGCAACAUGUAUGCUGAGGUUCUUCAUUUUCACUCCAUGUGUUCGUGUCUCUGGUAUAAGAGUCGCGAGAAGUUGCAUUAUUCAAUUCCUAUGAUCAUCCCCAGAGAUAUAUCCACAUCCAACACUUGCAUUGAACAGAGUGAUGCAUCUCCUAAUAGGCUUCCUGAAAAUUUUUCAAAUGGUUGUGUGUGUAAUUUGCACAGAUCUACGAUUAGCUCCGUGUCUACAGGACUCCACAGUUUGUCUGCUGUCAGAGGGCUAAUGAAAAGAAGAAGUUCCGUGUAAUAAGGGUUCAACAGAUUUAUCCAGAAAUUAAUGGAUGUUGUGUAUAUCAUUAACAGUGUCUAGAAGUUAGUAAGUCAAUCGAACCAUAUCCAUUUUGUUUGAUAUCUCACCUGGUGAAAAUCACUGGAGGUUUAUUCAAGAAAAAAGUGGCAUGAAAACAUAUCAGUUAUGGUGUUUGUUUUGGGAUUUAAACUAAUAAGUUUGAUAAAAAAACUGCAAACAAGCUGCAUAAUGUGCAAACACAGGAUGUAAAAAUUUUUUUAAGAGAACACCUGUCUCUGGAAAUGAACCUAGAAAACUGCAGCAUAUCCUAAUUAAAUACCAUCUGGGAUAAAGAUUUGACACUUAGUCAACUGCAUUUAUUAAAUACCCUGAUUCAAUGAAUCACCCAUAGUAUACAGAUUUAAAGGUCUCAAAUUGCUUGUAACGUUAUUUAAUGGUAAUACUGCUCACAUAUAAUGAGUAGUGUUGUUAUGCAGUUCAGGAUAUUCAAAUCUGUCAAAGCCAAAGCUGGUGUCAAAAUAUUUACUUUUAAUACCAGAGAGAGGGAACCUGGAAUAAAGUAGAAAUCAAGGAGAAGAAUGGCAGGAGCUGCAACCGAAGGCAAAAGUCAGAGUGUGAGAGAGACUGGUUUGAAACAGAGUUAAUUCCUAAUGACUCAGAAAAUCUGACCAUGUAGCAUAUGUUUUUCCAAUAAACUCUCAUCAUGGCAGAGUGCACUGUGCAUUUUACAGGAUCCAUUUUAAAUCUUUACAUACACCAGCAUUUGGAUCACCAUUUGCUGUAACUCAUAAAGAACAAUAUAGUACUAGCCAGCAGAGUGGCCCACAUACUUAGCUGUGGGCUGCAGUGACACCUCCAUUGGUCCAAUUUUCAACUAGGAUUCAGCUGCUCCUCUGCACAGCUCAACCUCUCCAUGGAAAUGAUACCUGAAGGCUUGGAGUGCCUCUGACCUCCACCAUUGAGAGGGCAGAGACGUAGUGUCAAGAUUUUAAGUUGAAUAAUGAUCACUGAAAAGAGAUAAUGACAGCCUGUAUCAUACAUCAAGCAGCCAAUACAUUAAUAGGAGGAAGAGGGAAAAGUGAAAGGAAAAAUGCUAGAAUAGCUGAUAGAAAUAGUAAUUCAGUGAAUAACAUUUUUAGUUUACGUUUUACAAUGUGCUACAUAUUUAAUGCUCAAUAUUGAGCAGCUGAAUUUAGGAACCAAGGUCAUAUAAUCAAACAACAUUUUGCAAAUUCACUCGUAUAACAAACAUUUAGCUUACAAAUUGCCAUUAGAAAUAUAUUAACCAUUUAAAUAACUCCAUGAAAUAAUAUUUCAUUGCUGACUGGUUCAGUCCAACGCUAAUCAAAACAAACUUCUCUUUUUUUUCCUGAACACGAUCAAAUGCUUCCCUAGUUUAUCAAGAAUACCACUUUACCUUUUCUGCCCAGUUAAUUUUCCACUGCACACUAGAUAUUCAACCUUAUUACACAAUAUAGGACUAAUAUUUCAAUACCUUUGGUGCUCAUUUCUUAAUACUUGUUGCCAACAUAAUUUGUAAAUAUAGUUGUUAUAAUAUUACAUAAGCUGACAUUGACAGGGUCAAGUAAUAUUGCAAUCUGAAGGUGUAUGUAAAUGAUUAAUGUAUUCCCUAUUGAGCUGUAGUUCAAUAGGAAUAAAACAGGACUUUGAAAAGUAAAAACAGAAAUUUCUGGAAAUACUCAGAUGUUACAAAGAGAAAAUACUGGCUAAUGUUGUUUCCAAUGCAUUUUAAAUAUGGACAGAUCUGCUGUGUAUUGCCAAUAUUUUCUCAUUUUACAUCAAUUUUCAUCUUUUUUUCAUUACUGGAACAUUAGAAUGUUGUUAUAAAGGUAUUUGUGAAAUUGCACCAUGCCAUCUUACCAGGUCAUUGAUGGUUGAGGACACCUCCCGUGUGUUGCUACAUUCUUAACAUAUUAGGGGUCAGUUUCCAACCUCACUGCUGGCAAAACGUCUGAACUUCAUAAACCAAGAAGCUCCCUGCAGCGUGGAAACUGCAAAAAAAGGCUUCAUUUAGUUGAGCUAUUUUUGGUCAUGUAAACAUGACUAAACUCACUGCGGACAUACACUGCUUUCUGAAAGUUAAUGACAUAUAAUUGGCCUGGAAAUUAGAAUAUAUGAUUGCAAAAUGUUAAGAAAAAAUGAAAAAUUUCUGGUUAAUUAUUUUCUUAGUUCAUCAUAGUGUUAUUUUUUUUCCCUAUUUGGUAACAGGUAGGGUUAUAAACUAACUAGACUUCAGUGUCAAAGACUGUUAAUAGUUAACUUUAAAAUUAAAAUCCAAUAAUUAAGAAAUUCUCUAUUUUACUUUUAAGGUGCAGUAACUUAUGCUAACAGAAUCAUAGCCUUCAGAAAUUACAUAGAAUUUCUUACCCUAUGUCUGUUAUUGCUAUGUAUAAAGAUGUGUGAUGUCAAUAGGGUUCACCUAAACUUUGUGCAAUAAAGUAGGUGAUCAUGAGCUGGUGGAUUAGUUUGACUUAAUUUGGAGAAACUAAAGUUGGAAGAGAUGUAAAAUGGCUUGCCGACUCACUUUUAUCCCAUUUUACAUGAUUAUUCAAGGUUGAGUUCUACCACAAUGCCUCUAAAAAUAGAUGUUAAUGCACUGAGACCCUGUCAGUGUUAGUCAGUACUAAUUUUCCUUUUAGCCAACUUGAUUUGUAGUUAUGUGAUAUUUAGGUUAUUUGCUAGUGUUUGUGUGGUGAAUAUGUUUAUUUGCAUGAAAUUUAUCUCCAGAAAUUGCGUGUUAAAUGAGAUUGUUUAGCUUUUUUUAGUAGUUUUAGAACUCUGGCUUGCUUUUUCUAUCACAUAACAGUUUGAAUGGUAUUUGUGCAUUUCCAGCAUUAUUUAAUCUUACUUCUUACCAUAAAUCUAAGACUGUUCUACAGAUAUCAAGAAAUUCAACAAAUACUUUGCAAAUUGAAACAAGAGCACUAAUAUUUAGUAAUACACAGGCCAGGUUUAAUAUUUAAUAAACUUAAUAUUUUGUCAAGUUUAAAUAUAUUUUUUAAAAAGGGAAAAUCACAGUCUGGCAUUCUCGAUGUGGCAUUUGCAGAUAGCUGCAACAGCAGAACAGCUAGAUUUUAAAAAAAUGGCAAACCUUUGUAGACUUGGAAUAGUUUCAUGGAGUUUGUCGGAGCAGGGUGGGGUGUGGGGGAUCUCAGGCUGGAGGUGGGGUGGAAUCAGAAGCGAAGCCAAGGGUGGCGUGUCUCACGUCUCCCCACUGACAGGACGGUAACUAAUAGCAAGAAAGGUGGAGGCUGGCCUUCUUUCCCAGAGGUAAACUGUGCCACUUGUGUUUAUAAUGCCUUUGUCUGCAGUCUGCCAUUGGCAGGUGGGCCCUCCACCACAUGGGGAGACUGCACGGUGAACCCUUGUAGCUUUCCUCAAGGCUUGAUGAGGACAGAGCCUCUCAGAUGUGGUGGUUCUGCUGGAAACCUCCAAUUUGUCUGGCUGGUCUUAAAGGCAGGGUCUCACCCCUUAAAACAACAGAACCUCUGACAGCAGUUAAUUCGCUGUUAGAUGGUUAGAAAAUCCAUUUGGCGCUCUCCACAAGGCCACCACUGUCCUGCCCUUGUCUAAUCAUGGAGUGGAAACUCAACCAUUGGACAGGUACAUAAAGCCCACCUAAGCAUCAUUGGUACUGAUUAAUCCUUAGAGUUGAAUGCUGACACAAAUGUGCAUAGAGUGGUGUUGAAUGUGCCAACUAUUUUGGAAGGCUGAUUUGGUGGAAGGCCAAUAACAAAGCCAAUAUACUCUCCAAUCCACGCUUGAGUUACUCACUUUGCACAUCGAGAAAACACAGGUUGCAUAGUCUUAGUCUUCCUACCACAAAAAUGUGGAUUUAAGUAUUCAUGAAGCACUCCCAAGGUACAGUCUAUUCGUGUCACAGUGGCCAAUUGUAAAAGCAUUUGUGUUUCAAUGAUUUCUUAACUUUCUGUCUCAGUAAUCUCUAAGAUUAGCAGCAUUGCAUGCCUAUGAUCUAGAUUUCAAUAACUAACUCAAUAGUAGAAUCUGGAUGGCACAAUGCCCUGUUUCGCAAAUAUAAAUCAGGACGAACAGUAUUUUGUACAUAGGCAUUUAAAUUAAAGAUUGGGCAAUGAAUAUAAUGUACAAGUAAAAUAUCCUUUGUUGGUUUGAGGCUUUUAGCUGCAUAAGCAGUAAUUGUCCUGAACCUAUGUGGGAUCACAUUCAUGUACGUCAUUCAUCCUUAAACAGAUCUUGUUCUUAAACUCUUGACUUUAAAUCAGAAAAAUAGUUUUCAUCCAACAGUCUGCUGCUUGCACUGAAUUGCAACUGUUGUUGAAUGAUUUAUCUUGCAAAAUCAUUUAAAUUAUAAAUAUCUCAUUCUGUGGAUUGUAUUUCUCUUUUGGUGAGUUAAUGCAUUUAUUUGAGCAAGGUUCUCAGGCGCACAAAAUGUUUAUUAAAAUUGUGAAUCAGUUGGAGGGUGUGUCUGCUUUAUAACCAGUGGACAAAAGAUGCUACAAGUCCAGAACAUUUUGAUAAAGUAAGUUCUCAAAAGUGAAACAAUUAAGGUAUGAAAAAGCAGGCAUUUUUCAUUUUUCAAAGUUACUGUGAAGCACCCAUUUCUUCACUUUUUAUUUAAUGUUUAAUGCUAAUGAACUUAACAGUCAUGAAGUACAGAUAGAGAACCACUGCACUCUGAGAACAUUGUCUGUGGAUUCUCAUUUUCCUGUCUUAGGUGUUAUGUUAUGCUACGGAAUCGUCACCAAAGCAUUACUUUCUUCCUUGCUGAAAAAGACAUGCCUCCUAGGAUACAUGCUCUGAAUAAGACAAGGGUUUGUUUUCAACCUUAAAGCUUCACAGUAAACAGCAGUGUACUGAGGCUUAUAAGAAGUACUUUGCAAGCAUAUAACCAUAUAUGGCACCUUCUAAUCCACACUUGGUGCAAGAUGAAGAAAUAAACCAUCUUGCAGCUGUCUGGGAAACAACACUUGCAGUUUUGUCACUGAAGGCCUCAAAUGUCUUGAAUAGGGACAGUUUAUAACAAGUACAUACAUUACAUUCCAAAUAAACUGUUAGGCACAGACUGUAAAUUUCAGAUGUACAUAAAAUGAAAAUUUUAAAUGAUGUGAAUAAGUUUACACUUUAAUAAUGCACUCAUAAUAAAUUAAUUUUAAAAUCUGAUUACAAAUCAAGUGAUCUUCAGCAUAGUUUUCUGUCUACUGUGUUUAUUUAUUUGUGUUUGGUUUAAGAAAAAAACAUUUUAUUUACUUUAUUGUUUACAUCAAAUUUAAACAACUGAGACAUAUGUUAGUCAUUAAAUUUUCCAUUGUGCUGUGCUGAAAAGAUUUAUAAUCUGUUUAAGAAGUCAGAAGUGUAAGACAGUAAGAAUUUAAGAGAAAAUUGCUUUAUUUCAAAUGUAAAUAUAUGAAUUUAUAAACUGGUGUUGAUUAAAAAAAAGGAACUGUUAAAGCUGCAGGGAACAUUAUGUAUUUUUGAGAAAAAUAAAGCAAAUAUAGAAUCCAGGUUCACAAUAUAUGACUAGGACAGCAGAGGGGGAAAUGGUGCAGUUUUUUUUAGAAGCUGUUCAUUUUAAGAUAUUAACUAUCUGCCUGAUCUUUGAAAACUAACUUAUUUAGGAUCAAUUACUUCUAACUUUCUCCCCAGUUGCCUUUUCUACAAGUCAUACAAUACAUGUACGUGUUUGUAAUUUUCCAGCCUUAGAGUUUGGUAUCCUUGAAUUAUUUUACUUUUAUGAGGAAACCAAGAUUGAUAAUAGUGAAAGAGAAGGUGAGGUAUAUCAAUCAGUAGUGAAGUUCAGUUUUAAGACUCUGAGUAUUGGGGUAGGGUUCAGUUAGCUCAGAUUGCUGAAGCGUGAUCCAGAACAACAUCAACAAUGUAGGUUCAAAUCCUGCUUUUGGCUGAUAUAAUUUUGAGGGAACUGCAUCCUUACCUUGCUCCAUUGUGAUAACAUGCACAAGCCAAGUGUGGCAAAUCUCAGACAAAAAAGAUGCUACAUCAAGAGAAAAAGAUGAUAUAAACAGAAAGAAUAGGUGGAGGGAAGGGGAACUGAGUGUGGGGAAGAAUAGUACCCUUUAUGAAUAAGUGUUCAAUUUAUGUUAAAAGUAAAGUUAUUACUCUUUACAUUGCUCUUCAUCACAUCUUAAUGUAAAUAAUACAUUUACCAGGUGAUCUCUUGGAAAUCAUUUAAGCCCUUAAAGUUAACACUGUGUGCAGAUAAAGUAACAUUUGUAUUUUCAGAGAGUUAUUUAUGAGUUGCCAAUGCAGAAUCUGGAGUGCUGACAGCACAAAUCUGGGUGCACACCAUCCAUGAGAUUAUUUUCACGGCCCACAUUUAUGAUUUGUGCUGCUGUUGACUGAAACUCCUCACUGUCACCCCCUUUAAGUAAUGUCAAAACAGUCAGAUAGUACUGGUAGCCUUGUGACCAUUUCACCACUUUCUCUGUACCUCUGUAGUCAAAUAUUGGCUCACCUUUGAUUAAUUUCAAGGUACCUCACAACUAUUAAAGAGCAUGCUGACUAGCAGCAUGUUUUGUAAUGUAUGUUCAAAUUGAGUUAUACAACAUCUUGUACAGUGAACUUGCUACUGAAUAGUUGAAUAUAAAUAUAGGAAUUCACAGAUGCCAUAUUCUCAGUGCAUCACUGUGAGUUGCUUCUGCAUUAUUUAAAGCAGUUAUUCACGCUAAAGGCGCUGUGGUGGGUGAACAGUUUGCAUGAAUUUUGCAUGGAAGGUCUUUUAAACUUGUGUACUGUCUUGAAAAUUGCCCUAAAGCAUGAUUGAUUGAAAAUUUGUGUAAUGAGGCAAAAUAAACCACACCUGUCAUUUUGAAUGCAAGUAUAUUUCUCUUUCCAAAUGGGUGUGGGGUCAUCCAAAUUACAAUAGCAAUAAUGAACAGCAACUGGUAAAAUAAUCAAUGACAUAUAUGACCACAUUUCUUGAAGUACAGCAAGGCUCAGGGCUAUGGGUAUGGAAGAGGACAGUCUUCAUUUUGGGAUGCCCCAGAAAAGUGAAUGAAUAAAUGAAUGAAAUGACUGAUCAUCCUCUGUGCUGUAAAAUGCUCUGGCUGUAUAGAAGUGCACAGUGCUCAAGUUCAUUGUUGUUUAUUGAGCUUUUGCAAUCCAGUGCUCAUACCUUAUAAUAAUGGCAAUCUGUUUUCUGACAGUAUUUGUUAUUAUGAAACAUAUUUUAAUGAUGUACUGGGAUAAUUAAACAUGUUUAGUAUUGUCUCACUCUAUGUUGCACAUAACAUUGCAGAUCAUGCUAGUGUCUAACCUUGUGUGUGCUGUUUCUGAAUAUACUCAA